GUAAAUAUUUUGAGACUUUACAAAUCGGAAAAAUGAACAAAAAAAAACUGAUCACAUUGGUCAAAUUAUCCAUAAAACUAAAUUAAUUAAGUAUCAUUAAAACUAAACUGAUUCCGACUUACCAAAAAACAAUUCAAAAAUCUGCCGCGCCCAGCCAUCCGCCGUGAAAAAAGACACCUCGCGCUGCACACACACCUCCCGUGCAGACUGCGCGUAGACGAUUCAUCCGUAAAAUCUGAAACGUCAAUAAAAGCUUUUUUUCUUCCCAUUCAAGUGCACGGUGGAGUACUUGGUGUGGAGGUAGUGCGGCGAAACGAGAAUUGUCUUGAGAAAAACGCAAAACUCCCUCACAGUCUGUAUUAUUUCCGCCGUGAGACACCGGACUUCGUACAUUGAGAAUGUUUACCGUAGAUUCUGCAAAGCGUACUAAUUGAAAACGGUCAGAUUUUCAGAGAAUUCGUGAAACGAAAAGUGCAAAGUUGCUCGCCGUCGUCAUUAUCGUCUUGAUCCAGUCCGGAAGUUUGUCUCGAGGGGGGUCCGCCUGAAUGCUGAUUACUGUCACAGGGGGGAAACGCGCCCCUCGUAGGCGUAUCUGACGGAUGCGAAAAGACAAUAAUAAUACGAACUGACAAAGGUGGUAUUUACGCUGGACUGUGCAACCGUGGAGUGAAGACCGUGAACAAGUGCCCGUGGGUUUCGUUUUUCACGCUUUGCGCCCAACUUGUCGACAUCCUGGGGAUGACUUGGUGCUGCUGCAGCCGUUCCCUGCUCGCUCGGUCAUUCUGACUUGGUCGGGAUUUUCACGGUGGAGUGCGAGAAGUGCUAACGUUGUGAUUCAUAGUAUUACGAGUAGUCUCUCUGCCAGUUGUGAAAAUUUUCUAAUCGGUGUCUCGGCCGGGAAAGUACGUCGUCAACGCAUAUUUGGUCCACUCCACCUGCGUGUUUACGAAAGCGGUGCUGCUUGCUCGAGCCGAUCCGUUUGUCCGCGGCUGCCGUUGCAGGGUAGUGCCCGAGCGAUAGGAAGAAAAAGGAGUGCGUGAUGGCGGAAUUAAUCAGAAUGGGAGGCGCAAUCGUCAUUCAAAAAGACAAACUGGGCUCGCCAUCAACGGGAUCGGAGGAUGGAGGCGGUGGUGGUGGCGGUGGAGGGGGCGGCGGCGGUGGCGGUAUAGACCUUGGCGACCUUGCACAGGAGCUCGAUCAAGAUGAAUUCGAUGGACCGACAAUGUCAAACGGUGAUCGUCCAGCACUUAUUGCUCCCCCUGAGAGUGAAUGGUAUCAUGGACGUUUGGAUAGAUACUCAGCCGAGGCUCGCUUACGGGCAGCUGGAAAACUUGGUAGUUAUUUAGUUCGAGAAAGUGAUAGAAAACCAGGCUCAUACGUACUAAGUUAUCUAGGCCGUACAGGAAUUAAUCAUUUUAGAAUAACUGCUGUAUGUGGUGAUUUCUACAUCGGCGGAAGGCAAUUUAUAUCGCUUAGUGAUCUAGUCGGAUAUUACACAUCAUGUAGUGAUUUAUUGAAACGUGAGCGGCUUGUCAUACCGGUUCCGCCACCUGAACCAGUCAAUGAUAAAAAGCGUGUCGUGGCAAUUUUACCCUACACAAAAAUGCCCGAUACGGAUGAACUGAGUUUCCAAAAAGGUGAUAUAUUUUUCGUACACAACGAUAUGGGGGACGGAUGGCUUUGGGUAACUGCUCAUAGAACCGGUGAACAAGGAAUGAUAUUUCGAGAACUUGUUGAAGAUUUGGAUCAAAGUAUUGAUCCUAACACGGUGUUUCCGUGGUUUCAUCCAAACUGUACUAAGAAUGAAGCUGUGGAUAUGUUAGUGAAAGCUGGUCCUGGAAGCUUUUUGGUGCGACCGAGCGACAAUUCUCCAGGCGAUUAUUCGUUGUUUUUCCAUAUAAAUAACCAAAUCCAACGAUUUCGUAUCGAGAAGAAGGGCGUUAGAUAUUUGAUGGGUGGUCGCACCUUUGAAUGCUUAGAUGCUGUCAUAAACAGAUAUCGAAAGGAACAAAUUGUAGAGGGACACACCCUACAGCAUCCGGUCGUGAAUGGAGUUCAACCGGAAUUCAACCAACAAACAGCUACAGAAAAAGCUGCAGAGAAGAUUUAUGCAACACUGCGUGAAUGCCGUGAUCAAAUUGGCCUGAAAAAGAUUAAGGGCAUCAAAUAUCACGGCUACCUACAUAAAAAAUCUGAUAAGACUGCCAAAUGGAAGCAACUCUAUUUCGCUUUAAUCAGCGAAGGUUCCGAAACACAUUUAUGUUUCUAUGACAAUCCAAAAAAGACAAAGCCCAAAGGCUUAGUUGAUCUAUCGUGCGCGUAUUUGUAUCAGUGCCAUGAUUCCCUUUGGGAACGACCAUAUUGUUUUCAAAUAGUUGAACGCGCACUCCCUUGUCUAGCAACUGUAACGUACUUGUGUGCACCUAGUCAAGAAACCUAUACUGAAUGGAUAAGUGCGUUGAAAUUACAAUGUGUCUCGCAAUUGAGUCGUGCUCAAACGAAGGUGCCUAGAUUAAGGGAAUUACGAUGUUUGAAUUUGCAUGUCUUAGAGGCACAUCGGCUACCAUUUAAGCUUGUGCCGCAUCCAUAUUGUUCGAUUUCAUUGAAUCAGGUCAAAGUGGGAAAGACUCGUGUAAAGGCUGCACCAGAUCCAGUUUGGGAAGAGGAGUUUGUAUUAGAUGAUGUUCCUCCAGAUGUUAUGUCAUUGACAAUAACCGUACUUAGUCGUGGCAAGAGAGGUAAAGACUCUGAAGUAGCCUACUUGACCGUCGAUUUAGCAAAUCUGAAAAACGGACAAGAGACAGAAGAAUGGUAUUCGCUAACUGGUAUGACACCAAUGGGAGAAUGGGGCUCAUUACGUCUCCGUAUACGUUAUCUAGACGACCUCAUAAUGCCAUGUGAAGAAUACAGCCCAUUGCAACAACUUCUACUUGAAACGGAAUUGUAUUCAGUGAAAGCAUUGGCUGAAUUGUGCCAUAACGAUCGCGUACCGUUAGCCACCUCUCUACUUCGGGUAUUCCGGCAUGAAAAACGUGAGACUGAACUUCUUAGAAUUCUAUGUCAAGCAGAAAUUAGUCGAGAGUAUGAGACAACAACACUAUUUCGUGGUGCCUCUCUGGCAACAACCCUCAUGGAUUUAUAUAUGCGAACUGAAUGCUAUGGCUUCUUACAAUCAGCCGUUUCCGAAACAGUACAACGAAUAUUGGACAGCAAACAAUCGGCUGAGUUGAAUCCAACAAAAAUGGAUGUGAACGAUGAUGCAUGUUCAAACGCAGAGUUCUUAUUACAGAUUUUGGAUCAAGUCACUCAGUCGAUAUUCACUUCGCCUGAAGCAUGUCCUCGUUCGGUAAGGUAUAUAUGCAAUUGUUUGCAGAAGGCGGUAGUCGCAAAAUGGCCAACGGAAAGAUUGGUUCGAACGCGGGUCGUUUCUGGGUUUAUAUUUCUGCGGCUACUCUGCCCAGCACUUUUGAAUCCCAGGCAAUUUGGGUUAGUCAGCGAAACUCCACCUACUACUGCAACAAGGUCGCUAGUGAUGGUCGCGAAAUGUUUACAAAAUUUGGCAAAUUUGAUUGAGUUUGGCGGAAAGGAACCUUAUAUGGAGGUAGUCAAUCCUUUCAUUUUGAAAAACAAAGAACGGAUGAUCGUGUUCCUUGAUCAGCUCUCGUCGAUUACGGAUCCGAAUCCCCCACCGGGAGUUUACAUAGAACAGAGUGCCUCGCACACAUGUUCAGAUACUGGUCGGGAGCUUGCUACUCUUCAUCAUAUUUGUGUUUCUUACCAACCCGAACUACAAAAUUUAGCGAAAUCCAAUUCAUCGAUUAAAAAAUUAGUCACAGUCACUGAUAUGCUAACUAAGCACAAAUUAAAAUACAGAGAAAUGAUAAGUUAAGGUGGAUCAUCUCUAAACCAGUGGAAAGAAAAGAAAAGGGAGAAGAAAAAAAAAACAAUUGACAAGAAGUAUUUCGAAUAUUAUUUUCUAGUUAUUCUGUGUUCACUUUCUAAUUUCUUCGUUUUUUGUUGCUAUUCGUUUUUACAGUAUUUCUUUCAUUGAGAACUUCUGAAUAAUGUUUUUACGCACAAAAGGGUAAACUUAACCUUUAUGAUAUAAAGUUCCGAAAUUAUGAAUGUAUUAGGAUUGACAAGAUCAGGUGUUUUGUCUACGUAAUUUGAGCGAUCUCAACUGAAUUUUAGUAGAUGUAAUUUCGUUUCUGGAAACCGCCAAUAAGGCUACUUUUUGCUUUUGUAUAGAGGUGCCAAAAUUGAACUGGCUAAGUGAAGUGAAUGUAAUGGUUGCGUUCGUUGUUAUUAAGCAUUGGUCAGCAGUGAUGAAAUAUAGAAAUCGGUAAAAAUUAAAACAAAAAAAGGAAAUUUGGAUGUCUCCAUUGAAUUUCGGGAACAGACUCUCUAGAUAUCACUGAGAUUAUUCGAAAUAGUGCUGCGAUCUAGCAUCUUGUGAUGACAUAUUUUCUGGUUCUCUAAUUAAAAAACUGAAUACUUUAUUUCUCAUAUCUAUCUGUGAUUCAGGAGGAAAUGGAAAACACUCAGUCUUGAAAUUUUAAGGCAAAUUUAUAAUUUUUUUUUGUUAAAAAUAAAAAAUAUUCUACUUG